CUGAAAUAGAAGAGCUUAACUUUACUGUACCAUCAGAGUGGCACUUAAUUAACUUCUGCCAGGAUGGAAUAUCGUCCUCUGCUCAGCAAGACAUCAGGGAACAAGCCCCCAACACAGAAACUAUUUUGGGCGCUCUGCGCAGUUGGAAUCGGAGGGACAUUUCAAUAUGGGUAUAAUGUGUCGAUCAUUAAUGCACCUACCACAUAUAUACAAAGAUUUAUUAAUGAAACAUGGUAUAUCCGCCAUAAGUCCAACUUGGAUGGAAGUCUGCUGACACUUAUCUGGUCUGUUAUCGUUUCGAUAUUCACACUUGGUGGACUACUUGGUACAUAUAUCGGAGGAAGUAUGGCAAACAAACUAGGCAGGAAAAAAACUCUAUUGAUGAACAAUAUUAUUGCUAUGUUUGCUGCAUUUUUUAUGGGGCUUUCAGAACCAGCAGGAUUAUUUGAACUUUUGAUAGUUGGGAGAUUCUUAAUAGGAAUAAAUGCAGGUAUCGGCGUCUGUGUUCAACCUCUCUAUCUCGGGGAAAUUGCUCCGAAGCAUAUACGAGGCUUCAUGACUGUGGGCAUCAACAUCUUUUUGACUGGUGGACUCUUAGCUGGACAAAUUGUUGGUUUACGGGAAAUACUUGGCGAUGAGAACUCCUGGCCGUUCUUGCUAGCUACGUGCUGUAUACCUGCGUUUAUGCAGUUAAUAAUAUUCCCAUUCUUUCCUGAAAGUCCCAGAUACCUCCUAAUAGAAAAAAAAGAUGAGUUUGCAUGUCAAAAAGCACUGAAAACAUUUUAUGGUGCACAGCACUACCAGUUUCAGUUAGAAGAUAUCCAGAUUGAGUCAAAUGCUUUACAUGGUGAGAAACCCAAGAAGAUUCUACAAUUGUUUUCGGACCAGGCUAUAAAAUGGCAGCUUAUUGCUGUUAUAGUAACUAAUAUAGGACAGCAACUCUGUGGGAUAAACGCGAUUUAUUUCUAUGCUGAUUAUGUGUUCAGAAAUGCCGGGAUUCCUGCUCAAAAUAUACCAUAUGUCACGCUUGGCACUGGAGCCUGUGAAUGUGUGACUGCUUUGACGUGUGGUCUGCUAAUAGAUAAAGCUGGAAGACGCUUACUUAUUAUUGGAGGAUACACACUCAUGGCUUUUUGGUGUGCUGUAUUGACGAUAACCUUGACAUUUCAGGAUAUCUCUUCAUGGAUUCCCUAUUUAAGUAUGUCUGCUAUUCUUGCUUUCAUAUUAUGCUUUGGACUGGGGCCAGGAGGUGUUACAAAUACCUUGACAGCAGAAUUAUUUACACAAUCGUCGCGAUCUGCAGCAUUUAUGAUUGGAGGGGCGGUAAACUGGAUAAGCUUUUUUGCUAUAGGAAUGAUAUUCCCAUUCAUAGUGGAUGGAUUAAAUCAAUUUUGCUUCCUGUUCUUUUUCGUGGUAUGCAUUCUUAUAGCAGGCUUUAUCUUCUGCAUUGUUCCAGAGACCAAACACAAAUCAUUCCUUGACAUCAAAGCAGAUUUCCAAAAACUUAAUUUUGGUCAAUUAAAUUCAAACUCCACAGAGGACCACGUUACCCAGACUACAACCGAGGAUGCCUUGUAAAAAUAACUUAUUGGGCGCUGUAUAAUUAAAUAUUUCAGGCUACUUUCUUUCCUUUCUACCACACUUGACAAAAUAAAAUCCGAAGAAACAAAAA